AUGACGGUAAAGAAAUGUCGAAGUUGCUGUUUGGUUCAGAAGGAAGCCGCCAAAGUUCCAGUGCAUUCGUGGGAGUUUCCAUCGUUCCCAUUUCAACGAAUUCAUAUAGACUAUGCUGGGCCAUUCAUGAACACGAACUUUCUAUUGAUCGUCGACGCUUACAGUAAGUGGCCGGAGAUUUUUCCUACGAGGAAUACUGACACGAAAACUACGAUUAGAAUUUUGAGAAGGACGUUUGCUAGGUUUGGUAUUCCAGUUACGAUGGUUAGCGACAAUGGCCCACAAUUUCGAUCAAACGAGAUGGACACAUUUACGAAACAAAAUGGUAUUCGCCACAAAUUCACGGCGCCAUACCAUCCAGCAAGUAAUGGGCAGGCUGAACGUUAUGUGCAAAUGCUGAAGAAGGGUUUGCGUUGCAUGGCAGAUGAGCCUGGUGAUUUGGAUUUGAAGUUGGAUCGCCUGCUGAUACAAUAUCGAAAGGCACCGAACAGUACAACAGGUCAAAGUCCAGCUGAACUCAUGUUUGGGCGACAAAUCCGAACCAAAUUGGUUCUCAUGAAACGAGAUCUGACCACUGAGAUGAAUGAAAAUUCGUCGAAUGAACCAGUAUCACGAGAAUUUGUAUCAGGUGACAAAGUACAGAUACGGUCAUACCGAAACUUACGAGUUAAAUGGGAAUUUGGGACUGUAUUCGCACGAUGUGGCCUUACACAUUAUGAUGUAGAAGUGGAUGGCAGACAUCGAAAGUGUCACGUAAACCAGAUGCGACGAACGCUUUGUGAAGGAGGAGAUGAUACCCAUGCAGAUCAUUCAGAUUCGGCCUUAGAAGCCGCACCAAGUACAUCGCAACCACAUCCAACCAUUAUGUCGAAAUCAGCCGAGACAAGACCAGCGUGUGUUUCUACCGAUUCUUCGGUGAUUGACUCAACUUCACCCAUGAGAUUACCGGUUGGUCAAUCAACACCUUAUAGGCAAUCAAAUACUUGGCAACAAUCGCCGCAGCAACAGGAGUCUGAAACUGACCAAGAACCGACGUUGGUACAACCAGAUUCAGCAGAUAUUCUUCGUAGAUCAGGCCGAUUGCGUUUACCGCCAAACCGCUUGAAUUUAUAG